CGCUGCAACUCCUACAUAUCCUCCCUCUAUUCCUUCACUUCUGCUAUUAGUUACAACCUAUACUAUUAUUAUUUCUUAAGUCUUCGAACAUGGGAAAACUCUUGCCCUACUUCGCUGCGAAGACCCAGAUUGUCAUUCUGGGAUUCAUCUGCUUCGGCUGCCCAGGCAUGUUCAAUGCUCUCAACGGUACUGGCGGCGGUGGCCAGGUCGACCGUGAGGCGGGUAACAACGCCAACACUGCUCUCUAUGUCUGCUUCAUUAUCUCUGGUCUCUUCGGUGGUGCUAUUGUGAACAAGUGUGGUGUCCGCUUCACCAUGUUCGGUGGUGGUCUCAUGUUUGCUUUCUAUUCUGGCUCAUACAUCUACAUCAACCACACUGGGAACUCGUGGAUGACGAUCUGGGCCGGCGCGAUGCUUGGUCUCGGCGCCGGUAUCUUCUGGACUGCUCAAGGCAUGAUCAUGAUGUCGUAUCCGCUCGAAAAUGAAAAAGGAAAGUUCAUCACCAUCUUCUGGGUCAUCUUCAACCUAGGUGGUGUGCUCGGCGGUAUCGUGCUUCUCGCCACCAACUUCAACCAUGAAGGCUCGCUCUCCGAUGGUGCCUAUGCUGCCUUCCUUGCCAUUGAAGUCUGUGGCUCGCUCUGCGCUCUGGUUCUUGCUCCGCCUUCCAAGGUUGUCCGUACCGAUGGGAGCCGCGUCGAGAUCAAGAAGGUCGACAACAUUCUGGCCGAUGCUCUCGCCAUCCUCAAGCUGUUCGCUGACCCGUGGAUGCUGAUUCUGAUUCCGAUGAUGUUCAGCUCCAACUUCUACUACUCGUACCAGUUUGGCCCAUACAACGGCUCGCUGUUCACCACUCGUACGAAGGGGUUCAACAACAUCUGGUACUGGGGCGCUCAGAUGGUCACCUCAGGUGCCUUCACUCGCCUUUUGGAUCGCCAGUCGCUGUCGCGCAAGAAGCGUGCUCUGUACGGAGUUCUGAUCACUCUCGCCGUUGUCAACGCGGUGUGGGGAGGAACCCUCAAGAUGCAGAACAAGUACACUCACGGUGCUCUUGCCACUACUCCUCCUACUCCGACCGACUACCCUGGAGGUGCCAUUGACUUCAAGGAUACCGCCCGGGCCGCCGGCCCCUGCAUUCUGUAUGCGUGCAUGGGUAUUCAGGACGCUCUGUGGAACAACAUGGCGUACUGGCUUCUCGGCACCAUCACCAACGAUGCCUCACGUCUUGCUCGCUAUGCCGGCUUCUACAAGGCCAUCCAGUCAGUUGGUGCAGCUGUCUCGUGGCAGCUUGAUGCCAAGAGCGUUGCCUUCCGCACUCAGCUCAUUGUCAACUGGGUUCUGCUUGAUGUCUCCGCUCUGCUCAUGGUUUAUCUCUCGUUCCGUAUCAAGGAGCAGGGUGAGGACGACGAGUCUGAGAAUAUCAAGGAUGGCGCCGAUUACAAGGAGGACGCGUCAGCUGAGGCUCAUGUCUAACAUGCCCUCUACAUGCACAUAUUAGCUCCCGCGAUAGUCUUGCGGUUUGUGUUUUUCUUUCUAUUUUUAUCACCUUUUA